CUAAUUUAACGAUUUUUUAUGGUCGAAUUUUAUUUGAGAAAACAAAGAGGAAAAACGAAAAAAACGAAAAACCGCCGUUCGCUUCGCGCGUCAGUUGAUGUUAGAGAAAUGGAAAACUGCCAUUACAAAAUCGAGAUUCUAAAAUCAGAGCGAAGGCGUGUGGUAUGGAAGAAACUGGAAUGGGUAUCAAUGGCGGAAUGGAAGAGGAGAAUGAUGAGAAGAAGAACCGUUGCUUUUCCAUCUGGGAAUUAGAUGCAAUCUCUAAGUUAACGUUGCAAUCCAUGUGCGGCUCAAACACGACUUCGUCAGCUUCGACAGUGACAAAAGCAUACGCGUGUACCUAUGGAGGAACCUUCCUUUUCAUCCGUCUUAAUAAAUUUCGACGCGGAAGUUCGAGCUCUGCUAUUUCCAACCAUUUUUGUCCUCUCUCUUCACCGGCUACACCACCAACUCUUCAUACGUUUCUUCUUCAGUCUUGCUCAUGGCACCUACUUCCGAUGAUGCUCUUCCGAUUUCCAUUCACAACAUCAACCCGAAGGUUCUGAAAUGUGAGUAUGCUGUCCGUGGUGAGAUUGUCGCCCUUGCUCAGACACUACAAGAAGAGCUACUGACUAAUCCAGGCUCACGUCCUUUUGAAGAGAUACUAUACUGCAAUAUAGGAAAUCCUCAGUCACUUGGUCAGCAGCCGAUAACAUUUUUCCGCGAGGUUCUUGCGUUGUGUGACUAUCCAUCUAUUCUGGAAAGAAAGGAAGUAGAGGGUUUGUUCAGUGAAGAUGCUAUUAAGCGAGCUUCACAAAUUCUAAAACAAAUUCCUGGGAAAGCUACUGGUGCUUACAGCCACAGUCAGGGAAUUAAGGGGCUACGUGAUGCGAUUGCUGAAGGAAUUAAUGCCCGUGAUGGUUUUCCUGCAAAUCCUAAUCAUAUAUUUUUAACAGAUGGUGCAAGCCCAGCAGUCCAUAUGAUGAUGCAAUUGUUGAUAAGUUCAGAGAAAGAUGGAAUACUCUGCCCCAUUCCUCAAUACCCUCUGUACUCUGCUUCUAUAGCUCUUCAUGGCGGUACUCUUGUUCCUUACUAUCUUGAUGAAGCAUCGGGGUGGGGAUUGGAAACUUCUGAGCUGACGAAGCAAUUGGAGUCUGCCAAGUUUAAGGGUAUUUCAGUUAGGGCAUUGGUGGUUAUAAAUCCCGGCAAUCCUACUGGGCAGGUUCUCACUAAGGAAAACCAAGAGCAAAUAGUCCAGUUCUGCAAGCAAGAGGGCCUUGUUCUUUUGGCAGAUGAGGUAUAUCAGGAAAAUAUCUACGUUCCAGACAAGAAGUUCCACUCUUUUAAGAAGAUUGCACGCACCAUGGGUUAUGGUGAAAAGGACAUCUCCUUAGUAUCAUUCCAAUCUGUCUCAAAAGGAUACUAUGGUGAGUGUGGAAAACGGGGAGGUUACAUGGAGAUUACUGGGUUUAGUGCUGAUGUGAGGGAACAGAUAUACAAAGUGGCAUCUGUUAAUCUUUGUUCUAAUAUUACCGGCCAGAUUCUUGCUAGCCUUGUAAUGAAUCCACCAAAGGAUGGGGAUCUCAUCUAUAAAUCGUAUUGUGCAGAGAGAGAUGGAAUCCUCUCAUCUUUGGCAAGGCGUGCAAAGAUGUUAGAAGCUGCACUCAACAGUUUAGAAAAUGUAACGUGCAAUAAAGCAGAAGGCGCAAUGUACCUAUUCCCAUGUAUUAAGCUGCCUGUAAAGGCAAUCAAAGCAGCAGAAGCAGCAAACACGGUCCCUGAUACAUUCUAUUGCCGCCAACUUCUCAAUGCCACUGGAAUAGUUGUCGUCCCUGGUUCCGGCUUUGGUCAGGUCCCAGGUACAUGGCACUUCAGGUGUACAAUACUACCCCAAGAGGACAAGAUCCCAGCUGUCAUCUCUCGCCUGACCGACUUCCAUAAAGCAUUCAUGAACGAAUAUCGCGACUGAGUUUCAAGACUUUCUGAAGCUCUAGGAACUCCUCCUGCGUAUCAAAGGUGCAAUCAAUUUUCCUUACUUGGCAACUAAGAUAUGUGUGUUAUGUUUUUUUGGGUUAAUGAAUAAUGUGAGGUUAGUUACCUAAACAGACAGUCUUUUUGUGCCCCAAAUUUUGAUUGUUCAGCUAAUCAUCUUAUCUUUAAAAGAAAAUAAAAACAACAAAGCUGUUACAACCUACAGGCUAAUUGUAAGGAAAGCGCACAAUGGGAAUCUCUACAUUGAGAUGAUCCCUCGAAAUCAGACUUUGCAAUUACUCA